AUGUCUGAAACAGGGGAGCCAACAUUUGCUGCAACAUCAUGUUCAAAUCCUCGAAACGGCUCCGUCAUCCGGUCAUUGCCCAAGCCUGUAUCUCUAGUCCUCAACUAUGCAGCGCUCGAUUUUAACUUUACUUCCUGGAUGGCGCCGGCGCAUUUGAAAGUUCUGCGCUCGCAAGCCAGUCAAGGUCACAUCCCCGGUCUCGAAGAGAUGAAAGAUCAUUUUAGCGGGGGUGGUCCCUUGGAUGUGGCCGGCCCCACCGAUCGUGGUCGAAAGUCCUGGACGGGCGAGUCGGUCAAGGGCCGGACGGAGGGAACGGGCCGUUUCCCAUCUCGUCCAGCGUCCCCGGUUAGAAAAAGGACCACUCCGCUGGGAUCUCCUACAAUUGGAAGAAGAGUAAGAUUGUGGGAAGAGCCAAUGGGCGAUAUUAAACCCGAGGCGCCCGCUCGAAAGACGAUUGGGACUCGAUUGACGAUGACUAGCCGGACAGGAUUCUUCCAAGAUAGAAUUAUCUCACCAAUGCGCGCCAUGGCCAUUCUAUAUAUCGGUCCGAAGAACAAUCCAGAUUUCAAGACUGAUUACCGCAUCUCGCCUCUGUUAGCGCCCAGCGCACUAUUGGCUGAAUUCCCGCCAUUGCUGAUGACUUGCGGCGAGAAGGACCCGUUUGUGGACGACACCGUGGUGUUUGCAGGCAGGAUCCGCGAGGCAAAACGAAUGAAGAAGCGGGAGGGAUCGCGCUUUGGUGAGGGACUUCGGAUGAGCAAAAAGGAGACCGAGGCGGAGGACCGGGAGUGGGUGCACAUGCAUAUAUUCGAGGGCUGGAGUCAUGGAUAUUUGCAAAUGGCCUCGUUGAUGAACGAGGCACGGGAUGCGAUUGAUGACAUUGCUGGAUGGGUUGUUGAUUCGUUUGAACAAGCUCGGACUCGGGCUUUGGAGCGGGAACGAGAGGAAGAGGCCGAGAUGCUGACGUUUACGCCGCGGAGACGACGGUCACCACCUGGCUCGGCGGCCAAGGAGACGCUGGGUAUGAAUGGGGAGUCGGAGAGUGCACAGCCCCCGGGACCCGCGGUCGAGUCGGCGCUUACGACCUCACGUCGAGGAAGAUUGUCUACUUCGACGCCACUCACAUCACUUACUGAAGAGGAGUUGAUGCGAAGGCGAAGAGUUGAGGCUGUGGAAGGGAUCAGCGAGCCCACGCCUGUGAUAGAUGGAAGCGCGCUGGUUGAAGAGGAGGAGGGAGCGGCGGAGGAAAUGCGUAUUGCAUACGGAUUCUGA